AUGCCCGCAGCCCGAAAAAACAGCUCUGUGGUCAUGCCUGUGACUAAAGCCAUUCAAUCUCGGCAGCCGGCGUUCUCUUCAGUCACAUUCCGUAGUGCAGCUGAACAAGACCCAGACCUAUCAGAUGCAGGCGAAGAUAACGCUGAAUAUGGGGGGACAAUAGGCGACGAUGAUAAUGGUAUGCUCGAGAUGCUGAACAUGCUGCAAGAGUUUCAGAAACGCAAGGCCUCAAAGACGUCGACGCGGUCAGCUGUAUUCCAAAACAAGAAAAAUGCACUCAUCGCCGAUGCUCGUAAGAAUACGGAGACUAUUGUACGAGAAGGGGUUCUAUAUAUGCACGAGAGCUUCCAUGCUUCUGUCACGACACGAACUCAUACUGGGAUCCUGUUGGACAGAAACCAGUUUUCCACCAUGAUAGCUGAGCUGAAGGCGCAAGAGAACUCGCCAGAUCUUAACGGCCUGUCGCAGCUAUGGGAGAGUCAAAAUGAUCUUGUAAAUGAUCUCCUGGGUAUGUACCCGUCACUCAUAGACAACCUCUCGCACAGGCGUGCCGACCAGAUCGAUGGCACAAGCGCAAUGCUGGAAGCACAUGUCGCAGAGCGUCAAAACUCUCGUCGCAGACUCAUCCUCAACGCCAAGGGACGUAUGGACGAAAAUAUAGAACGACAAAAGCUCGCUACCGACGCAGCCGCUCUCAUUAAGCAUUUCAAGGCCCUCCUUCUUUCCUGA